CCCCUCCCUCCCUCCCUCCCCGCCUGCCAGUCUCCCACUCGGGCUGUGACUGACGCACCGCUGUGCUCAACACUCAGCUGCUGCUGAAGCUGAGGCUCUUUCCCCGGCGGAUCCUCUCCAUGUAUGGACGCGCGCACAGGAGGGAUGCUGUAGACGCUCCGGCCCAGACGCGCAUUGACAGAAACACGGGCUGCUGAGGAGAUUUGGAUCCUGGCGCUGGUUUGAAUGGGCGGAGGAUUCACCCUCUGAGCUCGAGUCUGAGUUGCUGAGGUGCCAGGUGUGUGUCUGUGUAGCCACACAGAUCUCCAGCUGUACCGCUCGCCCGCACACCUACCUGCAUCAUGGCGGGGGCGUCGGUGAAGGUGGCGGUGAGGGUUCGACCCUUCAACUCCAGAGAGAUCGGGAAGGACAGUAAAUGCAUCAUUCAGAUGACAGGAAACACCACAACGAUCCUGAACCCCAAACAGCCAAAAGAAAACAAGAGCUUUAACUUCGACUUCUCUUACUGGUCACACACUACGCCCGAGGACAUCAACUAUGCGUCUCAGGUACAGGUGUACAAGGACAUCGGAGAGGAGAUGCUGCUUCAUGCCUUCGAAGGCUACAACGUCUGCAUAUUUGCAUACGGCCAGACGGGAUCGGGCAAAAGCUACACCAUGAUGGGACGACAGGAGGACGACCAACAAGGGAUCAUACCUCUGCUGUGUGAGGACCUGUUCACCAAGAUCAAUGACAUCAAUAAUGAAAACAGCCUGUCUUACUCUGUGGAGGUGAGUUACAUGGAGAUUUACUGUGAGCGUGUACGUGACCUGCUGAACCCCAAAAACAAAGGAAACCUGCGUGUCAGAGAGCACCCGCUGAUGGGACCUUACGUCGAAGAUUUAUCCAAGCUGGCCGUCACCUCCUACAACGACAUCCAGGACCUGAUGGACUCUGGAAACAAAGCCAGGACUGUGGCUGCUACCAACAUGAACGAGACCAGCAGUCGCUCCCACGCUGUCUUCAACAUCAUCUUCACACAGAAGACACACGAAAUGGAUACAGAAAACACAUUAGAAAAGGUCAGCAAGAUCAGUCUGGUGGACUUGGCUGGCAGCGAGAGAGCCGACUCAACCGGAGCCAAAGGAACCAGACUGAAGGAAGGAGCAAACAUCAACAAGUCUUUAACCACACUGGGGAAAGUUAUUUCUGGUCUGGCUGAACUGGCCUCGGCACCAAACAAGAACAAGAAGAAGAAGAAGGUGGAAAGUUUUAUUCCUUACAGAGAUUCAGUUCUGACCUGGCUACUGAGGGAGAACUUAGGAGGAAACUCUCGUACUGCUAUGGUGGCUGCCCUGAGCCCUGCUGAUAUUAACUAUGAUGAAACCCUCAGUACCCUCCGGUAUGCUGACCGUGCCAAACAGAUCCGCUGCAACGCCGUGAUCAACGAGGACCCCAGCAACCGUCUGGUGCGUGAGCUGAAGGAGGAGGUGGCUCGCCUCAAGGACCUUCUGUAUGCACAGGGCCUGGGAGACAUCAUAGAGACGUAUCGCUGUGCCGGCCCUGUCAUCGAUGGUUUGAAAUACCUGUGCGAUUACAAGAACUUUGUGAAUAAUCGCCAGGCUGUCAAUCAAAGGGGUGAUCUCUCCACAGUGACCCACGCCAUGACAGGAAUGAGCCCCUCUCCCUCGCUGUCGGUGCUGUCCAGUCGCGCCGGGUCCAUCAGCAAUCUCCACGACCGCAUCUUCAGCCCGGCCAGUGAAGAGACCAUUGAGAGACUCAAGGAAACUGAGAAAAUCAUUGCUGAGCUCAAUGAGACGUGGGAGGAAAAGCUGCGGCGUACUGAGGCCAUCCGCAUGGAGAGAGAGGCCCUGCUGGCUGAGAUGGGUGUUGCCAUGAGAGAAGACGGAGGCACUGUGGGUGUCUUCUCCCCGAAAAAGACCCCUCAUCUGGUGAACCUGAACGAGGACCCGCUGAUGUCCGAGUGUCUGCUGUAUUACAUCAAAGACGGCAUCACCAAGGUUGGCCGAGAAGAUGCCAAGACUCGUCAAGACAUCGUUCUCAGUGGCCAUUUCAUCAGAGACGAACAUUGCACCUUCAGCAGCACCACAGGCCCUCAGGGAGAAGGAUGUGUCAUCCUUGAGCCAUGCGAGGAGUCAGAGACGUAUGUCAAUGGGAAGAGAGAGACCUCCCCCAUCGUUCUGCGAUCUGGGAAUCGCAUCAUCCUGGGGAAGAGCCACGUGUUUCGCUUCAACGACCCGGAGCAGGCUCGUCUGGAGCGAGAGAGGACGCCGUGCGCUGAGACGCCGGUGGAGCCCGUUGACUGGGCCUUCGCUCAGCGAGAGCUGCUGGAGAAACAAGGCAUCGACAUGAAGCAGGAGAUGGAGCAGAGGCUUCAGGAACUUGAGGAUCAGUACCGUAAAGAAAGGGAGGAGGCCAGUAACCUACUGGAACAGCAAAGACUGGACUAUGAGAGUAAACUGGAGGCUCUUCAGAGACAGGUGGAUUCUCGGUGCCUGGAGUCACCUGAGGAAGAGGAGGAGCCUGAAGAGGAAGUGCCGUGGACGCAGCGUGAGACGGAGCUGGCUCUGUGGGCGUUCAGAAAGUGGCGUUUCUACCAGUUCACCUCUCUCAGGGAUCUGCUGUGGGGCAACGCCAUCUUCCUCAAGGAGGCCAAUGCGAUCAGUGUGGAACUGAAGAAGAAGGUGCAGUUCCAGUUCGUCCUGUUGACGGACACUCUCUACUCUCCGCUGCCGCCUGACCUGCUGCCCCCCUGCGUGGCCAAGGAGAGAGAAAGACGACCUUUCCCUCAGACCAUCGUAGCCGUGGAGGUCCAGGAUCAGAAGAACGGAGCCACGCAUUACUGGACUCUGGAGAAACUCAGGCUGAGGCUGGACCUGAUGAGAGAAAUGUACGACCGUGCCGCAGAGCUCCCCAGCAGUGCUGUGGAGGACUGUGACCACAGCCUGACCGGAGGCGACCCGUUCUACGACCGCUUCCCCUGGUUCCGUCUUGUCGGCAGGGCUUUUGUGUACCUGAGUAACCUUCUGUACCCGGUGCCCCUGGUACACCGCGUGGCCAUCGUCAGCGAGAAAGGAGAAGUGAAAGGCUUCCUCCGAGUGGCUGUGCAGGCAAUAUCAGCCGAUGAGGAGGCCCCUGAUUACGGCUCUGGUGUGAGGCAGUCCGGCACCGCCAAGAUCUCCUUCGAAGACAAACAUUUUGAGAAGUUCCAGACUGAAUCGUGUCCUGGUAAUAUGUCACACUCCAACACCUCCCAGGAGGAGCUGAGAAUCGUGGAGGGGGAAGGACAAAGCCCUGAGAUUGGAUUCUCUGCAGAUGAAGUCAACAACAACACGUGUGCCGCCUCUGUGGAGCCUCCCAGCAGCCCAGAGAAGAGUUUAAGUCUGGGUCUGGAUCUCCCCCUGGACCUCUCCCCAGAGAUUGCCCUGUCCCACCUGAAGAUCGGCAGCACCUUCACCUUCAGAGUCACCGUCUUGCAGGCCUCCAGCAUCUCAGCCGAGUACGCCGACAUCUUCUGCCAGUUCAAUUUCAUCCACCGUCAUGACGAAGCUUUCUCCACUGAACCGUUGAAGAACACCGGCAGAGGACCUCCGCUGGGCUUCUACCAUGUCCAAAAUAUCACAGUGGAGGUGACUAAAUCCUUUGUGGAGUACAUUAAGACUCAGCCCAUCGUCUUCGAGGUGUUCGGUCACUACCAGAAACAGCCCUUCCCUCCGCUCUGCAAAGACCUGAUCAGUCCGCUGAGACCCUCCAGGAGGCAGUUCCCCAGGGUGAUGCCCUUAUCCAAACCAGUUCCGGCCACCAAGCUCAGCACUUUGACUCGCUCCACUGCGGGACCAUGUCACGCCAAGUACGAUCUCAUGGCCUUCUUUGAGAUCUGUGAGCUGGAGGCCAACGGAGACUACAUACCUGCUGUUGUGGACCACAGAGCUGGGAUGCCCUGUCACGGCAUGUUCCUCUUACAUCAGGGCAUUCAGAGGAGGAUCACCGUCACCAUCGCUCAUGAGACAGGAAAUGAUGUCGAGUGGAAAGAGGUGAAAGAGCUGGUCAUUGGUCGCAUUCGAAACACACCAGAGGCUGACGAGACCAUCAUCGACCCCAACAUCCUUUCUCUCAACAUCCUGUCCUCUGGAUACUUCUGGCCAAAACAUGACGACAACGUCUCCUUGGGAGUUGAUCAUAGGACGUUCUACCGAUUUGAGGCAGCAUGGGACAGUUCCAUGCACAACUCUCUUCUCCUGAACAGAGUCACUCCCUAUGGGGAGAAGAUCUACAUCACCCUGUCUGCUUAUCUGGAGAUGGAGAACUGCACUCAGCCGACAGUGAUCACCAAAGAUUUCUGCAUGGUGUUUUACUCGCGUGACGCAAAGCUGCCGGCCUCUCGCUCCAUCAGGAACCUCUUCAGCACCGGCUGCCUCCGGCCCUCAGAGAGUAACCGUGUCACAGGAGUCUAUGAAGUCACUCUGUGCCAUGUGGCUGACAAUGGAAGUCCAGGCAUGCAGCGUCGUCGCAGGCGUGUGCUGGACACCUCGGUGGCGUACGUGCGAGGAGAGGAGAACCUGGCUGGCUGGAGGCCUCGGAGCGACAGCCUCAUCCUCGAUCACCAGUGGGAGCUGGAGAAACUCAGCUUACUGCAGGAGGUGGAGAAGACCAGGCACUACCUGCUGCUGAGGGAGAAGCUGGAGGCGACUCUGCAGGCGGGGCAGGACGCGCUGUACAAGAGCAGCGACAUCAGCGACUUCGCGAAGAGUCCCGUCCUCAGCCACAGUCCCAGCAGCAGCCCCGCCCUCGAGAGCCCCAACCAGAGGCAGAGGGAGCUGGCUGCCAAGUGUUUGCGUCUGCUGAUGCACACCUUCAACAGGGAGUACAGCCAGGUGAGCAGCAGUGCCAGUGAGAGCAAGCUCUCUGAGAUGUCUGCGUCACUAAUGAGGGAGUCGUCAUCUGGCCUGAGCACGCUCACUCCAUCUUCUACCUGCCCGUCACUGGUCGAGGGACACUAUGACAUUAGACAUACUGAACCAGGUUCAGGAGCAUCCACUCCAGAUCUGGACCCGUACAGCCCAGUGGACAGAAAGAAAGCUCUCCGAGGAUACAGCUUUGUUCCUGACAUACAGGAGAUUCGCGUCAGCCCCAUCGUGUCAAAGAAGGGCUACUUGCACUUCCUGGAGCCCCACACCAGUGGCUGGGUGAAGCGCUACGUGGUGGUGCGCCGGCCUUACGUCUACCUGUACCGCAGCGAGAGGGACAGUGUUGAGAGAGCUGUCAUCAACCUGUCGUCUGCAAAGGUGGAAUACAGCGAAGACAAACAAACCUUACUGCGGACUCCCAACACGUUUGCUGUGUGCACCGAGCAUCGUGGGAUACUGCUGCAGGCCACCAAUGACAAAGAGAUGCAUGACUGGCUGUAUGCUUUCAACCCUCUGUUAGCUGGCACCAUCAGGUCAAAGCUCUCCCGGAGAAAGUCUGUCCAGUCGGUCCCGUCUGCACAGAGGAUGUGAGAGGUGAACCAGCCUGGUGGAAACCUACACACAAAAAAAAAAAAUACAAUCUAAAAGCUCCGCUCUCCAUCCUGCUCCGAUGAACAUUGACCAUAUAAACAAACUUAUAAAUAAAACCAUUUACAUUGCUCUCUAUGUGACAUCAUCUCAAACCCCAGCGAAACACCUCUUCUCUCUUUUUGCAGUCGACACCUCAGACCCUGCAUGGUGUGCUCCCUCCUGACCAUUAGAAAUAUACAUAAGAAACACUAAUCACCCAAACAUGUUAGUUAUCCUACCCCUGCUGGGCUUUUGGACAUGUUCUGAUUAGUUUUUCAUAUACAUGUAGAAAUCAGUCUCCUGUGAGGCCACCCGGUCACUGUAGAAAGUUACUAUGUGUUCUGAACAUAAGUCCCAGUUGUAAAAACCAACCAUUCAUGUAUUUCUACUUAACGCCAUCAGGUGAGGGGGGAAAACAAUAAUACUUUAAAAAACAAACACCAAACUGGAUGUUACUCUGUGUAGACGUGUAUUUAGCUCCACAUUACCUCAGUUUGCAACGGCUUGGUGCUCUAUGACAUAGAGUAUUUGUUUCACGGCAAAAACGGACGAGUCAUUAAAACACUGAAGUAGCAUGAGGAGGGAUUUGUUGAGACAAAAGGGUAAGCUGUAUCUGUGUUGUUGUUUUUUAUUUUUUUAUUUUAUUAAACUAGUUCAACUGAGUUUGUUGGCCAGAUUGAGGCAGAAAAUAACCCAGGAGAGAUAACUCAUGUCCUCGCCUUGUUCUUGAUAUGUUCGUCUACAUUCAACAUAACCCCCUUGUUCAUAUAUUUAUAUAUUUAUAUAUAUAGCUAAAGCAGAAUAUUAUUUAUUGUUGCUAUCAUAGGUUCUCUGCACUGUUAUUUAUUUGUGACAGGAUCACUGACCAGUUUUGUUUCAUGGCACUUUAUUAUCGUUAUUGAGUUAAUGUCUUGUAUCAUUCACUCACUUGUUUUAACCAAAGUAUUUUUUUUGUUAUUCUACUUGUUCCAAAUGUUGUUGACUGUGCAUUAGGUCAGCAGACAGUUCAUGAGAAUAACUGGAUGGUAAAUAGUUUGGAAUUUUGAGAAAUAUUCCUAUUUGCUUUCUUGCUGAGAAAGAUAAGAAGAUUGAUGCUACUCUGUGGUCUGCAUGCUAAAAAUGAGGUUAGCCACCAGCAGUCAGUUAGCCUAGCUUAGCUUAACCAAAACUGGAAGUAAUAUGGAACAACAUCUAUAUUAAUUCGUUAGCUUCAGGUUUUUCCUCUUGUUGCUAAUUGCUAAGCUAACCAUCCUCUCAGUACAAGCCCAAGCCCCCAUACUGAUGUGUUGUACCACGUGUCCUUCCCUCAGGGAACACUGGUUAUACACGUAACCUCUAGAUUUUCUUAUUUAGCCUCUCGCAAUAAAGCAAAUGAGCGUAUUCUUCUCAACUCUGAACUAUUUCUUUAAACUAAUCAAUUAUAUCUAAAUCGAACAACUGUAUUGUGUGUGUGUGGUUACAUUUGUAUCUAGUAAGCACUUAUUCAGGCCGCUAUGGGCCGGCAGAGUUGUUACGUUAAAUACGUUUACUAUUUGCGUCUCCUCUAGUAGCUACAUGAAAAGUUUGAAAUGAUCCUGGACCUGUAAUCUGUUGAGGACAGUUGCUUUGAGUGGGCAAGAGCUUUGCCCAUCCACCAGAUAGUGCCUCCCUUUCUUCACUUCUUUUUAUUCUCUCCCUUCCUCAUCACUGUCUUUGACAUCAACACUGAAGUUAGUUACAUGUGGCUGGGAGUGGGCUUUCAGGUUGAGUUAUAGUAGAUGCUACAGACCUUUUUUGUAUGUCUUGGAGAGUGAAUAUUAUCGAUGAUGCUUUAUAGUUUGUUGGUACAGUGACAGUACAGCAUAUGUCUCAUUAUCAUUGACUGUAAAUGUUGCAUUUAAAAGGUAAUCCCCUCUUAGCUUAUGUACUGUAGGCACUAUAUAUAUUUGAGAGCCUGGUGUUGUGUCAGAAACCAGUACAGUAUGAUUAGGUUUGGUGUUGCUAUGACUUUUGUUCCUGUUUUUUUUUUGCACUGUACCAAGAUGACCCCGAAUGUUCGUCUAUCUAAAAAACAAAGUAUCUUUUUGUAGCUAGAAAGAUUAUUUACAUUACAUAUCACUGGGUAUGUUUAUUGUAUUAUUUGCAUUUAGAGGAAUAUUAUCCAUAUCUGUUCAUGCUGGAGAAUAACAUCGUAUAUGUUUAUAAAUCUUAUACCAAAGACAUGGUCAGUCAACCAUUUGGUCUUUCUCAUUGUCCUCUAUUAUCUGUUUAUUUUCAGAUCGAUCUACAGAAAGUAUUUAGGACUCUUUAUGCCACAGGCCAGACAACCUGUUGAGCAAGAGAGCCCAAUACUUUAUAAGUCUGUACAAAGUAACACAAAGGUUGUUUAUCACAUUUCACUUUAUAUUUGUUGCUAUGCAGUAGUUAAUCUUCUUCAGUUCAGUGUUUUGGGUCAUCUUGGUAUAAUCACCUUGUUUGGUAACAUGCUUACUAAGAUAUAAUGUGUGCUGUCUGCUGGAACAGAAGACAAAUGGAAAGUUUUAUUUAUAAAGUUUAAAAUUAUAGAUUAUGUUCUUAUGAUAUAUUGCACUUCAUGCACAAAGCGUCUUUAUUUAAUAUGAUUUCAUCAGAUGAUGUUUUAAGAAUGUAGAGAAAAGACUGGGUUUGGCUCAAGAAUAUUAUGGCCUGUAUUGAAAGGAGAAGAGUAGAUGAAAGUGAAACUGUGCCAUUUUCGCCACAACGGCUGAACAACCAACAACGCUGCACCAAAUUGCAUUGAUUUUUUUUGUUGUUGUUUACGACUGGCGGAUGUUGCAGUUGUUCCAGCCCUAAUAGAUCAAGAGUAUCAUGUUAAGGAAUAACACUUUACAAGACAGUUUUAGUACACUGGCCAAUAAUUGUUAAAAGUUAAAUGAAUUGAUUAUUUCAUAUUUGGCUGCUUUUUGAUUAUCAUCUGGAUCGAAGCAUGCAGGUCCACUUAUCUCCUGCUGUACUCUGUCCCUCUCUCCUGCCUUACUGCUUGCUAAUGACAACAGCCGCCCCCCCCUCCCUGAAGUGCUGCUUGUAAAGUAUUGUCAUUCAUGAUCCUUGUAAUGACUAACUGGAAACCUUCCUCUUGGCUCUGUCUUGUAUAUAAAUGGAGAAUUUCUGUGUUGGGUCUCAUCGCACAGAUGAUAUUAACUCUCUCUCUUCCUCUGUAUACCAUGAUGAAUAAGAAUAACUGGCCUGAUGCUUCGUCUUUGUCACCCUAGAGUAGAGUGCCGAUCAGGGAUCAGUUUUUUGCACAUGCAGCUCGACGUGGAUGAGGUGGUCAUUGUGGAGCGGGUUGGUGAUCCCAGGUCUGCACUCACUCUCUUUGCUCUGAGCCGAUUGACAGAAGCAGUAGCAGGUCCCAGCCUGUGAUAGUCUUAAUCUCAGUGCUCACGUUUAUCUUUUGAGUGUUCUAGAGUUUUUUCUCAUGUCUGUGGACACGUAACAAAAGUUGUGAAGAAAAAAAAAUAAAAGGCGAAAUAAAUAAAUGAGUGUUGAAACUUAUGCAUCA